GAUUGAGAGAGGCAGGCUCUGCAUCACUGCAGCAGCCACUGCAGACAGACAGGAGAGGCCGCGGCGCAGCACCACACCUGGCGACAAACUCUUGAAUAAGAUGCAGGAGGCCGCGCAAGCGCAGCCAACGGUUACGGCCACAGCUUCUUAGCCCCGCCGUCCAUACCGGGACGCGGCCCGGACGGCUUCGUGCGAAGCUUCUGGAAUGUAGCUGAUCCACUCGUGGGAGACGCUCGCGGAAAGGAAUUCGUUAUCGCGUUCUCCAACCUCACAAAUAAACAGGAAUAAAACCAGGGGGAGGAGAGGCACCUGUUCUCAAGGUACACCGUGCCCUUCAUCUGCUGUUUUUGUUUCGCCGGACUAUCUGCAAGGAUUACUUUGGAUUAUUAAGGUUUCCUCGUUACAGAUCGGAACGACCUCCAUACCGUCAGGUCUGUCGGGUCCAGCAAACCAAUUCUUCCAGCCCGGAGACCGGACAGUCGGGUUCUUUGGAGAGCGCAGCUCUGGAUCUGCUCGUAAACUACAUUACCUUUAACCCGGCACCUGAGUCUACCUGCCAUGGACGCCGUUGAAGGACGUAUUCCUUUGAUUGAUUCCCUCGUUGUUAUGUUUCCAGCAGAUUUCUGAAUUUUGUGCGGCCGACACGUUCUCCAGCCACAUGCAGGGGGCGCUCGGGGAAAACAAGGUCGCGGACAGUAAUGUGAAAAAAAUCCUUAUGUCUUGUCUGAAGGGGCAACAGGUCAUCAUCAAAAUGGAGACCAUGAAGAUCAUACAGCCGGAGAAGUUCUCAGAGUGCCAGAGCUCCCAAACCAGGUACGGCCCCCCGUCACGGAGGGAGCCUCCUUUAGUUGCCAAACGGGCUUGGCCUUCAGACUCGGAAAUCAUUGUGAACCAGGCCUGUGGAGACAUGCAGACUCUGGAGAACACCCCAAACACGCUGGGGCUUCCGAGGACACCCCCUCCACCGCGAAGGGAGAAGAUCUACCCCGGCCAGCGUAAGGCCAGCACAGAGAUUUGUUACCAUCGCAAGACCCCUUCCGACGAAGUUAUUGUCAACCAGUACGUGCUUCACCCGUCCGCCCCGUGCGAACCUUUGGAGUGUCCGACGUGCGGCCACAUGUACAAUUUCACAAACAAAAGACCUCGUAUCUUGUCCUGUCUCCAUUCUGUGUGUGAGGAAUGCCUACAGAUCCUCUAUGAGUCUUGCCCCAAGUACAAAUUUAUUUCCUGCCCCACCUGCAAGAGAGAGACUGUGCUGUUCACAGACUACGGCCUGGCCGCCCUGGCCGUUAACACCAGCAUCCUCAACCGGCUGCCCACAGAGGCUCUCUCCGCCAACCCGGUGCAGUGGAGCAGCGAGACAGACCGCAGCUGCUACCAGACCUUUCGGCAGUAUUGCGGGGCGGCGUGCACCUGCCAGAUCCGGAAUCCGCUGUCUUCCUGCGCCAUCAUGUAACCGGGGGGACUGUUCAUUAUAUCGCAGUAUUAUAUUGUAUGGGAGCCAAAGGGGAACCGGGACCCUCCGUUUGCUUCAGGCGGCCCCCGUAUCAGUGACACAUACUUUGUGAUUGGCAUCAACCUCUCCCCCAAUUCCUCCGUUUACGCCCUCCACCCAUUUGUCUCAGUGACCCUCUAGCGCCUCCGGCUGUCCCGUGUCUCAGUGGCAGCCCC